GCGGGCGCGAGCGGCCCACACACACGGACCAGACCGGGACGAGACGAGACGACCGAGGCUGGACGUUUGUCCGUCAUGACAUGUAGCUGCGACGAUGGCGACCCUGUGUCGUGCGCUCGUCUUGGCGUGCGUGUGCGCGCUCUUGGAAGCCAAGUCCGUGCACGAGCAUUUUGAUGUCCAAAUCAAAGUCCAGGUGUUGGACAACAGCGACCUGUCCCCGUUGGCCGACGCCCUGGUGGAGGUCCACGGCAACCGGAGCGUUCUGGCCAGCGCUCGGGCCGGCGCCGACGGCGCGGCGAGGUUGGAUUUCCGCUACCGGGCCGCCACGCGGGUCAUCAUCAGCGCCGCCAAAGACAACUACAUCACCAACUCGCUACCCUGGCACUCGGGUCGCGCGCCCCUGUACGCCUCGGUCAGUCUGUACCUUGUGGUUCAACGACCCGGGACGCUGAUUGUUUAUGAUGACGUCCUUCAGAUUCUGUCCGCUUUGCCAGCGGGUGGCGAUAAGCGCCCCGUGGCGCAACUGGCCCGGAAGUCGCCGCGGACCGACGACGACGGCGCGGCCCUGUCGGCCCGGCUGACGGCCGCCAGGACUCGAGACGAGAUCGGGUGCUUCCCCUAUCUGCUGGGCCGCGACGACAACGGAUCAGGCGCCGACUCGGGCUGGAUCGACUUGACGGCGCUGGCGCUGGUCAGCGUGGAACUGUCGGACAAAGACGGCGUCCUCCUCCCCGUUUGGGACUCGGUCCACAUUUCGGUGCCGUUGCCGUCCGACACUCGCAACCGGGCGGCCACCAGCGUGCCCACCUGGACGUAUCGGCCCGACACGGGACUGUGGGUCCGCAACGGUACGGGCUACAUCCAGAAGGAAGGCUCCCGCUUUGUGUGGAACGCCGUCAUUCCCCAGAUGGGAUACUGGUUGGCCGCCUUCCCCGCCUCCUCGGGCCACGGUCUGAACCACCCGGGCUUGCGGGACAUCACGGCCUACCACACCCUCUUCCUGCUGGCCAUCUUGGGCUCCUUGGCUCUGCUGGUUCUCAUCCUUCUCUGUGUUUUGCUCUACUACUGCAGGCGAAGGUGUUUGAAACCUCGUCGGCAGCCGGGGAAAGCUCCGCCCUCCAACCUGAACGGCGCCAAGCGAGACCAAGGCACGUCCACGUCGCGGCUCAACCUGAUCUGCGGCGGGCGCGCCGAACCGGCGUCGUCCGACGAGAAGUCGGAGCCGUCCCCCUCCGGCGAGGACCCGGGUAAACGCGCGGCGGCUCGCAAGCUGCGGCACUCGGCGGGAAGGAACGCUUCGGGUCGCCAGCGCGGCGAAAGCUUCCCCAUGAAAGCCGCCCGUGCCUCGGACGCCAACAACCUGGACGACCCGCCCCCGCGCGACGACUACGACCGCGGCGCCAACGACAAUAGGGGGUACUCGUCGGACCCGCCGUCCCCGCCGCGCUUCUCCGGCUACGCGCCCGGCCGGGCCGACAAACCGCCGGAAUACUCGGCGGCCGACAGCCUGGCCCGGCCCGCCUCCCUGGACGCCCGACCGGGCCAGAUCAUCUUCUGCAGCUCCAUCGACCAGAUGAAGGAGAACAUGUACCGCAGCAUGGUGCCCACCCUGGUCAUCCCCGCCCACUAUAUGCGCCUGCCCUCCGAGUUCGCCCCCAAGGACGGCGACGAACAGAAGGAAGCCGACAAAGACGGCGCCCAGGCGGGAGGCGCCCAACAGAAGCGAGGUCCGCCGCAGCAGCAGCAGCAGCAGGGCGGCGCCGACUCGGAGGAGCCCGGCUGGGCGUCCGACUCGCCCGGAGGCCCCGUCACCAUCCCGGUGCUCUUCAACGACUCGGCGGUGGCUCAGAUGAACGGAGAACUCCAGGCUCUGACCGAGAAGAAGCUUUUGGAGCUGGGCGUCAAGCAGCACCCCCGAGCGUGGUUCAUCUCCUUGGACGGUCGCGCCAACGCCCACGUGCGCCACUCCUACAUCGACGCCGGCAACGACCUGAGCGGCGGCUCGGCUUGCGGCAGCUCGCCCAGAGACGCCAACCUGGUCCCGCCCCCGGAGGGGUACGGCGCCGGCCGCAAGGGCGAAGAAGAGCGCUGGGAGGCCGCCCGCAAGGGGCGCAGCGCCGUCCCCGGGAAAAGCUACUCCAAGCUGGCCUUCCCUAACCGCGGCGAGCCCGGUGGCGGCGAGGGCCGGCCCGCCUCCCCCGAAGAGAACUCUCUCACGCCGCUCCUGGACGAGGGGCCGGCCGUCCCCGGGAAGGCUUCCCGCCGCCGCUCGGCGACCAGUCCCGAGGACGACAAAGAGGAAAACAAAAAGAGUCCCUGGCAGAAGAUCGAAGACCGGCCGCUCAUGGUUUUCCAUCCCAGGAAGUGAAUUCUAGCUUGCCGACUUCCAAGUCAAGAGAAGCACAAGUUCCUGAUCGCUCGUCGGGUGCACUUUGCAAGAAGAGCCAUUUUCAAGUUGCUAGCGACUUCACUCAGUGUCGCGUCACGUCGCCUUGUUUCUCAAUGGGUGCCAAUGAGGGGUACGCUAUGGCGCCUCUUUAACUUAGGUAGCAAACGGCUUGACCUUGUUGCUUUGACUAGAAGUUUUUUGCCAAAACCUUACAGUUCCACCAAAAUUUGACAUCUCCAAUCAUUUCCAGUAGGAAAGAAAUGAGCCAAUAGCGACAGGGAGAGACCCGAAAAAUGGACAGAAAGUUGGCCAGGUAUGCUGAACAGGAAAUGAUGCCAAAUGUACAGGAGGUACCCCGGAAGGACCAUCAAAUGUGACCUGGAAACGGCCAAAAAUAAUCCAAAAUCAAAAGGAACUGUUCAAAUAAACCAAGAAGAGACCCAAAUGAACUCAUUUUUUCAUCAAAUUGAACAGGUAGAGUUGUGACCCUAGUAAAGCCACUAACAAGCUGUCCCGGUUUGAAACGAAACUGUCGGUCAAGGUGGCGCCAUAGCCGGGCGUCGGGACGUCCACACCCACGACACGUCUCUACUUGAAUCCUCGUGUUCCUUACGCACGCACACAAGCAAGCACCAGCCGUCUCCUCCAAGUGCCUUCUUACCUGGCGAGAUGGCCGCUUUAGCGCGGAGGUCCCUAGCGGUCGUGGUCCCUCUUUUCACUUACACGCAUGUUGACUUCCGGUCAUGAAAGUUUACACCCAUGUGAGCGGCGUCUUUUUCUUCUUCUUCUAGAAAAUGAAAACUUGUGGCUUGUAUCGCUGACAUUCGAGUGCUGGUUUGUGUUUGUAUUUGUAUUGAUGACUUUGAAUAAGCCAGACUUUUUUCAUUCUUCUCCUUCUUGAUGUUGUAAGGGUGAGGAGGCGCGGCCAGCCUUCAUCAUGUGACAAGUGUAAUCUUUGUGUACAAAGUAGAAAUAAAUGUGGUCCCUCACUUA